UCGCUGUGGCCCCAGUGGCAGGGGGCCCUGGGCGGUCUUGCCUGCUUCUGCCGUGGCUGCGAUGCAUCCGCGGCGCCCAGAGGGAUUCGAUGGCUUGGGUUACCGGGGUAGUUCCCGGGACGAGCAGGGUUUUGGCGGCGGCGGAGGCGGCGGUUUUCCUGCAAGGUCUUUCAGCUAUGCAUCAGAUCUGAGCCACUGGGUGACCACUCCCCCAGACAUCCCAGGAAGCCGCAACCUGCACUGGGGCGAGAAGAGCCCACCCUACGGUGCAUCCGCUGCCGCCACCCCGUUCGAGGGUCCCCCGGAGGAACCUCUCCCGAGUGCCAGCGGCGGUAACGUGCCGGGGCAGGGCACCGAACAGUUAAAUAGAUUUGCUGGAUUCGGUAUUGGACUUGCAAGUCUCUUUACAGAAAAUGUACUGGCCCAUCCUUGCAUUGUCCUACGGCGCCAGUGUCAGGUUAAUUAUCAUGCUCGGAAUUAUCAUCUUACUCCAUUUACUGUCAUCAAUAUUAUGUACAGCUUUAAUAAAACUCAGGGACCAAGAGCCCUUUGGAAAGGAAUGGGAAGUACGUUUAUUGUCCAAGGAGUCACACUUGGUGCAGAAGGAAUAAUCAGUGAAUUCACACCUUUGCCAAGGGAGGUUUCACACAAAUGGAAUCUUAAACAGAUUGGAGAACACCUUCUACUGAAAGCCUUAACUUAUGUGGUGGCAAUGCCAUUCUAUUCAGCAAGCCUAAUCGAAACAGUACAGAGUGAGAUAAUUCGAGAUAAUACUGGAAUUUUGGAAUGUGUCAAAGAAGGAAUUGGAAGAGUGAUUGGUAUGGGAGUGCCGCAUAGCAAACGACUACUUCCGCUUCUUUCCUUGGUCUUUCCUACGGUGCUGCAUGGAGUGCUUCAUUACAUCAUCAGCUCAAUCAUUCAAAAGUUGGUCCUACUAAUUCUAAAGAGAAAGACUUAUAAUGGCCACCUAGAUGAGAGCACUAGCCCUGUGCAAAGUAUGUUGGAUGCUUAUUUUCCAGAACUUAUAGCUAACUUUGCUGCCAGUCUUUGCUCCGAUGUUAUACUCUACCCAUUGGAAACUGUUUUGCACCGCCUUCAUAUUCAAGGAACACGCACUAUAAUUGACAAUACAGACCUUGGCUAUGAAGUGCUUCCAAUUAAUACACAAUAUGAGGGGAUGAAAGACUGUAUCAAUACUAUAAAGCAGGAGGAAGGAGUACUGGGUUUUUAUAAAGGAUUUGGUGCUGUUAUUAUACAGUAUACACUGCAUGCAGCUGUUUUACAGAUUACCAAAAUUAUUUACUCUACACUUCUUCAAAAUAGCAUUUGAGAUUUGGCCUUUAUCAUUGAUUAGUCAACAAGACAUACUGUGGAUACUUCACUAGAAAAUUAUGGAAGUGAAAUACUGGGGGAAAUGGAUUGUAAAGUGAAACUAUAGUAAAAGACCAUGCUGAUUAU